GUUCUACGUAAACAGACUGUUUCGAAUUCACAACGCCUGCUUGUGCUACAGGGCGCCAAAACAACUUGUCUGGAAUUGGAGCCGCUGAAGAACUUGCUGUUAUACCUGUGUGUAAGUGACUGUCAUUACAAUACGUGCGCGCGCUGGAUAUUGAUAUAUAUAUAAGUGAUAAGGAGUAAAGAAGAUGCAUGUCAAAUCAAUUAUAAUUGAUGGCUUCAAAUCCUAUGCCCAGAGGACCGAGAUCAAUGGCUUUGACCCCUUGUUUAAUGCUAUCACUGGGUUGAAUGGCAGUGGCAAGUCUAAUAUUCUGGAUUCCAUUUGUUUCCUUCUUGGCAUUUCCAACCUGACACAGGUGAGAGCUUCCAAUCUGCAAGAUCUUGUGUAUAAAAAUGGACAGGCUGGGAUUACCAAAGCCACAGUUUCUAUUACUUUCGAUAAUUACGAUAAAAAGCAGAGUCCUCUGGGAUUUGAGGCACAUGAUGAAAUUACUGUGACAAGACAGGUUGUCAUUGGUGGAAGGAAUAAAUAUCUUAUCAACGGUGUAAAUGCCAAUAACACUCGUGUUCAGGAUCUUUUCUGUUCAGUUGGGCUCAAUGUAAACAAUCCUCAUUUUCUCAUCAUGCAGGGUCGAAUAACCAAAGUCUUGAAUAUGAAGCCACCUGAGAUUCUAGCUAUGAUUGAAGAAGCAGCUGGUACAAGGAUGUAUGAAUGCAAGAAAAUUGCUGCGCAAAAAACUAUUGAGAAAAAGGAAGCCAAGCUCAAAGAGAUUCAGACGAUUCUGGAGGAAGAGAUUACCCCCACAAUACAUAAACUAAAAGAGGAAAGGUCUUCUUAUUUGGAAUACCAAAAGAUCAUGCGGGAGAUUGAACACUUGAGCCGCCUCUAUGUUGCCUAUCAGUUUGUUUGUGCUGAGGAAACUAAAGUUCGAUCUGCAGAAGAGUUAAAGGAAAUGCAGGACUCUAUUUUGAAACUUCAGGACACAAUGGCAGAGAAUGAGCGGAAAGUGAAAGAACUGGGAAAAGAAAUUGCAGAGCUGGAGAAGAUGAGAGAUCAGGAAGUUGGAGGGGCCCUUAGGUCUCUGGAAGAAGCACUUUCUGAGGCCCAGAGAGCAGACACCAAAGUUCAAAGUGCAUUGGAUCUUAAAAAGCAGAACAUGAAAGCUGAAGAGAAGAAACGCAAAGAGUUGGUUAAAAGUAUGGAGGAGGAUGCCAAAGUUUUGACAGCUAAAGAAAAGGAGGUAAAGAAAAUCACAGAUGGUCUGAGCUCUCUGCAAGAAGCAAGUCAGAAAGAUGUAGAGGCUUUCACUAGUGCCCAGCAACAUUUCAAUGCUGUAUCCGCUGGCCUGUCAAGUAAUGAAGAUGGUGAAGAGGCGACACUUGCUGGGCAAAUGAUGGCUUGCAAGAAUGAGACGAGCAAAGCUGAGACAGAGGCUAAGCAGGCUCAAAUGAAGUUGAAACAUGCUCAGCAAGAACUUAAGACCAAACAGGCAGAAGUCAAAAAGAUGGACGGCGGUUACAAGAAAGAUAAUGAGGCCUUUGAAGCUGUAAAGAAGAGCAAAGAGAAAUUAGAAGUGGAAAUGAAAAAACUUAAUUAUGAAGAUGGAAGAGAGGAGCAGCUUUUGGAAAAACGGAGGGGUCUCAGUCGAGAUGUAAAUCGACUUAGAGAAGCUUAUGAGUCUCUUAUGGCACGUUUCCCUAACCUUCAGUUUGAAUACAAGGAUCCAGAAAAGAACUGGGAUUCAGACCGUGUAAAGGGUCUUGUUGCCUCUCUGAUUUCUAUAAAAGAUGUCUCGACAGCAACUGCCUUAGAAGUUGUUGCUGGAGGACGGCUCUACAAUGUUGUGGUUGACACAGAGGUAACUGGUAAGAAAUUGUUGGAGAAAGGAGAGCUGAAGCGAAGAUUUACUAUCAUUCCUUUAAAUAAAAUUUCAGCUCGAUGUCUAGGAAAGGAUACUGUUAAUGUAGCCAAGAACUUGGUCGGUGCAGAUAAUGUUAAUUUGGCCCUAUCUUUAGUUGGCUAUGAAUCAGAACUGCAGAAAGCUAUGGAAUAUGUCUUUGGAACCACACUAGUAUGUGAUACAAUGGACAAUGCCAAAAAAGUGACAUUUGACAAAAGGAUUAUGACCAAAACUGUCACUCUUGGUGGAGAUACAUUUGAUCCGCAGGGAACUCUAAGUGGAGGCGCCCGAUCACAAAAUGCAUCCGUGCUAGUAAGACUUCAAGAGCUGAAAGAUGUUCAGGAUGAACUCAAAGCUAAAGAGACUGAGUUGCAAGAAGUUGAGAAAGAACUGAUGACUCUGAAGAAUACAGUUGAAAGGUAUCGUCAACUGAAACAACAAUGGGAAAUGAAAUCGGAAGAAGCUGAGCUGCUCCAAACUAAGCUACAACAAAGUUCCUACCACAAGCAGCAAGAAGAACUGGAUAGCCUGAAGCAAACUAUAGAGGAAAGUGAAGAAACUCUUAAGAAUACAAAAGAGGUACAAAAGAAAGCAGAGGAAAAAUUCAAGGUCCUGGAGCACAAAAUGAAGAAUGCAGAAGCUGAACGGGAGCGAGAACUCAAAGAAGCUCAACAGAAGCUAGAUACAGCAAAAAAGAAGGCAGAUGCCUCUAACAAGAAGAUGAAAGAGAAGCAACAGGAAGUUGAUGCACUUGUAUUAGAACUUGAGGAACUGAAGAGAGAGCAGACAACCUACAAACAGCAGAUAGAGACUGUGGAUGAAGCAAUGAAAGCCUACCAAGAACAAGCUGACAGCAUGGCAUCUGAAGUUUCCAAAAAUAAGGAAGCGGUGAAGAAAGCCCAAGACGAACUGGCUAAGCAAAAGGAAAUCAUUAUGGGGCAUGACAAGGAAAUUAAGACCAAAUCAUCAGAAGCAGGAAAGCUCAGAGAGAAUAAUAAUGACUUACAGCUGAAGAUCAAGGAGUUGGAACAUAAUAUCAGCAAACACAAGAAAGACAGCGCCGAUGCUGCUGCAAAGGUUGCAAAAAUGUUGAAUGAUUAUGAAUGGAUUGCUUCAGAGAAACAUCUUUUUGGACAAGCAAACACUGCUUACGAUUUCAAAACAAACAAUCCCAAGGAAGCAGGGCAGAGACUGCAUAAGCUGCAAGAGAAAAAAGAGAAACUUGGUAGAAAUGUCAACAUGAGGGCAAUGAACAUGCUCACCCAGGCUGAAGAGAGGUACAACGAUCUGAUGAAAAGGAAGCGAAUUGUAGAAAAUGACAAGUCCAAAAUUUUGACCACUAUUGAAGAACUGGAUCAGAAGAAAAAUGAGGCGCUGAACAUUGCCUGGCAGAAGGUAAAUAAGGACUUUGGAUCUAUCUUCUCAACCCUGUUACCUGGGGCCAAUGCUAUGUUGGCACCUCCAGAAGGGCAAAGUGUGCUGGAUGGGCUAGAGUUUAAGGUUGCCCUGGGAAAUACAUGGAAAGAAAAUCUCACUGAACUGAGUGGAGGACAACGCUCAUUGGUAGCCUUGUCACUCAUUCUGGCCAUGUUACUUUUUAAACCUGCCCCAAUCUACAUCUUAGAUGAGGUUGAUGCUGCCCUGGACCUUUCUCACACUCAAAACAUUGGACAGAUGCUUCGCACUCACUUCCGCCACUCCCAGUUCAUUGUGGUGUCACUGAAGGAUGGCAUGUUUAACAAUGCCAAUGUCCUCUUCAAGACAAAGUUUGUUGAUGGCGUCUCCACAGUGGCUCGAUUUGCCCAGAAUCAGAAUGGCGGCAGUUCAGCUGGGCAGCAGAGAUCGGACAAGAGCAAAACGAAGGAAAGGAGGAAUCGCAUGGAAGUUGAUAAAUGAUUAAACUCUUCUAUCAGAGACUUUCAUAUUCCAGCAAAGGAAACUUGGAUUGUCCUUGCCUAUCUUUAUUCUAGAUAUUGUGUUAGAUCUUUGUACUUCUGCUACAUUUUGGAGACUUAUAUUCAGUCGCUUUGCUUUUCAUUACAUCUUAAGAAGAGGCCAAAUCUGAGAUUUCCCUUUUGUCUGUUUGUUUGUGUAUAUAAAUGUGUAUUUUUUUUCAAUGUGUUGUAAGGCCAAAAAAAUGAGCAGGAUAUAUGCCUUGUAGGAGCUUACAAAACUGCUACAAACACAUGCAUUGCUUCUGCUGCUAUAAAUGUACUGGUAGAGAGAGCAUACCAUGUAUAUACUGUGUCUUCUGUCACUCUUCUUUCUUAUUUCCCAACGAUUUCUACUCUCAAAUUAUACAUUUUUAUAAAUAAAUGUUUUCCACAUAUUGAACAUA